AGUGAUACCAACACCUAAUACCACAAGUGCUAAUAAUGAGAGAAACGGUGCAAUUCCACUCCCAUACAGUUGUACCCCCUUGGAAUCUGUAGCUAAUACCACCAGUGCUAAUAAUGAGACAAAUGGUGCAAUUUUUGCUGCCAUUCCAGCAGGAGCAAUAAUCAUAACUCUUGCAAUCGUAACCACACUAGUCUUUGUCUUAAAGAUGAAGAGCAAAUCCCAUUUCCCAACCCCUCACCUGGAAACUAGGCACAGCUUGGAAUCUUUGGACGGCAGCACACCACAGAACAUAAGACCAAAUCGCUAUGAUAACAUGACUGAACAAACAAGUCCCAUGUACCUACCUCGUCCUGAUAUAAAUCUGUCGAGAGUUCCAUCAACUUACAUUCGCCAGUUGACGUUGGAAGGUUUGCUCAUUCCAAAACACACGAUCAACCUCAGUGGCACAGUUGGACAAGGUUAGGACUCUUCCUUCUGCUACGUUUCUACCAAAAUAAGAAUAUAUUUUUAGGGGAAUUUGGUGUUGUCUACAAGGCUACUCUGAACGGUUGGCGAGGAAAUUAUGAGCAGACUGUGGCAGCCAAAACAUUAAAAGUAUUCAGUCCCGUGGGGCAGAAGAGGCUAAUAGAAGAGAGUUUGGUUAUGAUAAAAUUUAACCACAUGAACGUGAUGAAACUGAUUGGAGUCUCACCACACAACUGGCCUUCUGUCUACAUUGUGAUGCCUUUCAUGAUUUAUGGCAGCCUACUCUCCUACCUCAGAAAGAACAGGGCUGACUUUACCAUUCUCAACACUAAUGAUGAUAUUGACAUUGUGAACGAGGUUGGUAAAAAGCUUUGGUCAAUGUGUCUGCAGAUAUGUCGUGGAAUGGAAUAUCUAGCAUCACUUAAGUUUGUUCAUCGAGAUCUUGCUGCCAGGAAUUGCAUGAUUGACGAACACUUUGUCAUCAAAGUGUCUGACUUUGGCCUAACUGAGCACAUUUAUUCCAGAAACUACUUCAGACAAUUGUCAAGACGAGAGGAGGAUGGGGAGACUCCAGUGAAGCUGCCAGUGAGAUGGAUGGCUCUGGAGAGUCUGAAUGAUGGAGUCUUCUCUGAGAAAACUGAUGUGUGGUCAUUUGGAGUUACAUGUUGGGAGGUGUUCACAUUGGGAAAGACACCUUAUCCAGGAAUGGACCCACACUCUAUUGUACAAUACCUGGAAAGAGGAGAGAGACUCGAAAAACCUAAUAACACAGCCUGCUCUGAGCAUAUCUAUGCUAUAGUACAAGAAUGCUGGAAAGUUGCACCUGAGAAGCGGCCAACUUUCUCUGAGCUGGCAAAGAGUAUUUGUGAAAGUCUGGAGGUCAUGGGUGGCUACCUGGAUCUGACCACACCUUAUUUGUCUACUGCAGUCGUGUCCUCUACUGAAAACAUUCCCACACAUAUUCCACCUAGCAUUGAAACUGUUACUAUUCCCAGUGUGUAGUCGUUUUAUGUUUCUUGGAUGUCUCCCAAGAAUAAACGCAGUCCCAGAGAUAAUUCUGCUUUUUUCAUUACUU